GACUACCUCAUCCUCACUCUUGACAAACCUCGCAAACAGCGGAUUCCUGCUGCCGCCGCCUCCUACUUUCCCAGUACCUGAUAUAACAGUGCUUGUAGCCUGUAUGAUACCAUACAGCACCGGUACCCGAGUACGGGUAAGUUACGUAUGUUGUCUCCCUCCAGUCACACCCACCUUCAUUCUUCCUCCCUCCCUCCCUCCUUCUACAGCCACGAUAUCACUUCCCUGACCGCCAACCAUCUAAAAAUGAAUAACCCGGGUCCCCACCUGGCACGGCGCCAUCAUACCUCCCAUCCCCGACACAGCCUAUACCAUACUACCAUUUGCACCGUAGAUCACUCCAAAAAUGAAGCAUUUCAAAAGCUUCUCAAUCUACUCGCACUCACAAUGUGUCUAUGAUACCGUAUCCAAUCACAACCAGCAUAGAAAAGAAGCAGUAUAAAAGCACAGUGCUGUGCCCAGCAGAACCGACUACAAGCAGUUCGAUUCCAUCCCUACGCGUGCAGGCGGCUCCAGAUCACGAUAUCAACUCCCGCCCGAUGCUCCACGAGAAUCUGGAAUGAAAGAUAAUAGGAGAGGAACAAUUGCCACGAUGUAUAUAAUACGAGAAUCCCUUUCAUCCACGGUGUCGCAAUGGUACGGUACCCCCACCCCUCACCACGACGACACCAGCGGCGCCGAACCACCACCGCCGGCUCCCCCACACGGCAACAAACACAACCUGGAAGAGGAUGGAUGAGAUCUGGAACAUCAAAAACUCGGAGACAAAAAAACGCAUCACAAGAAACCCCUCUCUCUCGCCGCUUCCCGAUUCACUCAACCCAAGUACCGGUGAACCAAAUCCACCCAUCGCACAAGGGUACGAUAGCCGGGCUCAGACCGAACCAGAAAAUUGGGCGCCAUUAUACGACACCGCCCAGCUACAAGUACGAGUACAGUACUGAAAUCUCAGAUCCAGCCCCAUAUCCAACGAGAAUAUUAUGCAAUCAUAACCGCACAACCCCACCCAGACCAGCGGAAAAGAAAAAAGAAAAAAAAGGGAAGCCAUACCUCAUUUCAAUAUUUCGUACCAUAUCGGUCUCGCGCGCAAUACCGCUCCGCGGUACAGUAAUAGCCGCUUCGGCGGACAUCGUGAACCGCCGGCCGCAAUCUACGAGUACUUAUGAUACCGGAACGGAAAGUCCGAGAUGGGUAUAA